AUGGCGGGCAUGAUGACAAGUCUUCUCCUUUUGCUGUUGGCCGGUGUGACAGUGGGCAGAGUGGUGGAUCUGCAGAAGAGAAUAUACGGAGGUCAAACAUGUGAUGCUACUGAACGUCUGUACCAUGUGGAGCUGAUAAAGGAUGUGACAAUCACACUGGUUUGUGGUGGAUCUCUGAUCAGUAAACAGUGGAUUCUGACUGCAGCUCACUGUGUGACGAAAGGGAGUACGGUGUUAGCAAUUCUAGGUGUGCAUCCAGGUGGCAACGCAAAACAAAAACCUCUUGUUAUCAAUAUCAAACAUAUUGAAAUAUAUGACAAGAAUGGCAUCCAUGACAUCGCGCUGCUGAAGUUACCUGAGCCUGUGGAGGGAUUUGAAAUUGUAAAUCUUCCUGACUGUGAGAAACGUCCUGUCAAAGGUGAAGAAGUUCAGAUUGCAGGACUUGGAGCCACAGAUGAGUCUGUGGCAGGCCCUGCACCUGACAGCAUAUUCUGCAUUCUUGGUGUUAGGUGUCAGGGCCUGUACAAGGUUUGCGCCAGCUCUACUGAAUGGGUUAGAAAUGUGGGGGAGGCGGAGGAAACCAACCUCAGAGACGCAAGGCGCCUCCCUGUUUGGUGUUUUUUGGUUGAAAUUGGUGUGGACUAG